CAAACACAUACAGUUGAUCAGGUCGCCACGUUUACUGGAAUGUGUGAAAGACAGGGUAACGGGGAAGCUUGUUUUUGGCCAAGAUUUCCUACCAAGAGUAUGCUCAGUGUUCAAGAAACUUUGCAGGGCACUUCCACAUUUCACUGAGACUCCGGGCAGUUUCGAGGCCGAGCUAAACAAUAGGAGGGAGAGUUGAUGGGAGUCACCGCGCACCAAGCGCGCUGUGUUUUGAAAUCUCUCCCUAGCGCAGAGGCCGCUUUUCCUGGGCUCCGUGGCAGAUUGUUCCCGUAGCCAUUGUCCUCCAGGGCGGUCAGGCGGCAACGCGCGGGGAGCGAGGGACAGCGUCCCGCAGAGCGCGGCGCGGUCCAGCCCGACCGGGCGGCGGAAGCCGUUCCCGGCCCUUCCAGCGGGCCCGGGCGCCAAAGGCUGCUGCCAAUGCAACUCGCAACUUUUGAAAUCAGUCCUUUUUGCAUCAUGCAACGGAUGCCACCGCUCCUUGGGUUUGCAACCCCCCACCCCUCCCCCGAGACCAAUCAUUGCCGCGCUCGGGCCUGCACAGCGCCCCCGCCCCCUUCCCGGGCCGCAAGCAGCCACCGAGCCGCCCCAGCCGCGGCCCGCCGCCUCUUAAAGGGAGGUGGCCGGCCUUAAAGGACCCUUGACUCUCAGCUGGCGGGAGCGCAGCCGCCCGGUUGGCGCAGGGCCGCGCCGAGCCAGGCGAGCUCCCGCGGCGCCCCGGCGCAGACCCGGACCCCGCCGCCGCCGCCGCCGGAGCCGCAUUUUUAUUCAGGCGACGCUUAAGGGAGCCCGGCCGCGCCCGGUGCAUUGUGGGAGCGGCCCGCGGCCCGCUCUCGGGAGGAGGCGGAGGGCGCAAAGCGAGCCGGUGGAUCUGUCAAGAACUCAGCCAGCCAGGAGAGGGAGGGGAGGGGCUGAGCGUGAGGAGUGGGCCCAAGAACCAUGUCUACUCGGGAGUCCUUUAACCCGGAGAGUUACGAGUUGGACAAGAGCUUCCGGCUAACCAGAUUCACCGAGCUGAAGGGCACAGGCUGCAAGGUGCCCCAGGAUGUCCUGCAGAAAUUGCUGGAACCCUUGCAAGAGAACCACUUCCAAGAAGAUGAGCAGUUUCUGGGAGCCGUUAUGCCAAGGCUUGGCAUUGGAAUGGAUACUUGCGUCAUUCCUCUGAGGCACGGUGGUCUUUCCUUGGUGCAAACCACAGAUUACAUUUAUCCUAUCGUAGACGACCCCUACAUGAUGGGCAGAAUAGCAUGUGCCAACGUCCUCAGCGACCUCUAUGCAAUGGGGGUCACAGAAUGUGACAAUAUGCUGAUGCUCCUUGGAGUCAGUAACAAAAUGACCGACAGGGAAAGGGAUAAAGUGAUGCCCCUGAUUAUACAGGGUUUUAAAGAUGCAGCAGAGGAAGCAGGAACAUCUGUAACAGGCGGCCAAACAGUGCUAAACCCCUGGAUUGUCUUGGGAGGAGUCGCAACUACUGUCUGCCAGCCAAAUGAGUUUAUCAUGCCAGAUAAUGCAGUGCCCGGGGAUGUGCUGGUGCUGACGAAACCCCUGGGGACACAGGUCGCCGUGGCCGUGCACCAGUGGCUGGAUAUUCCAGAAAAAUGGAAUAAAAUUAAACUAGUGGUCACCCAAGAAGAUGUCGAGUUGGCAUACCAAGAAGCGAUGAUGAACAUGGCGAGACUCAACAGGACAGCUGCAGGACUCAUGCACACGUUCAAUGCCCAUGCAGCCACCGACAUCACCGGCUUUGGGAUUCUGGGCCACGCACAGAACCUGGCCAAGCAGCAGAGGAAUGAGGUGUCCUUUGUGAUCCACAACCUUCCCGUGCUGGCCAAGAUGGCUGCGGUGAGCAAGGCCUGUGGGAACAUGUUUGGCCUCAUGCACGGGACCUGCCCAGAGACAUCAGGAGGCCUUCUGAUCUGUUUACCACGAGAGCAAGCAGCUCGGUUUUGUGCAGAGAUAAAGUCCCCUAAAUACGGUGAAGGUCACCAAGCAUGGAUUAUUGGGAUUGUAGAGAAGGGCAACCGCACAGCCAGGAUCAUAGACAAACCCCGGAUCAUCGAAGUCGCACCACAAGUGGCCACUCAAAAUGCACCAAAGCCGUACGUGUAAACCGAUCCACUUCUUGCCAAAGGAAACCACCACUGGGAAGAUGACGCUCCCUGGAAGAGGCUUUAGCAUGGAUUCGCCCUCCUCUCUCAGGACCCAACAGGCAGCCUUUAUGCAUGUGCAGCUGGACCUCGGGCCAUCAGUGUGGAGUGCAGUACAGGAGAGGCUGCUGUGGAACUGAAAUUAACUGGACAUUUGAUAGGAAUUUAAACAGAUGUUGGUUCUCAAAAGCUACAAACCAGUGGUCUGCAAAAUAAAAUGUGUUGGAAACCUCUGAGUAAGAUAAACGUACUGUUGAGCUUUUUCUUUUUCCUUCCCCAAACAGUGAUGACUGAAUCUGAAGGGCUUUCAAUGUGGAUGCUAGCAUUUUCCUUAGUGUCUGGCCUGGUGAAAAGAAGUGAGCUAAGUGGUGUAUGCACUUUAAGGAAAUCAUCUUUAUGAAGAUGCAUAAUUAUCAGGAAAAAACCGGGUACUUAAAGAUGCAUGUAAUUCAUGUGAUAUAGGGAGGAAGAAUGUCUUUAUGGUGAUGUCUUUCAGAGAGUGGUCUAGAUCCACCUGCCUUAGAAUGACCUGGGGGCGUUUGUCCAAAGGUAUGCUCCUGUACCUAUUCUCCAGGCCUACUGAAUGAGAAGUGAGUGGUUUGGGAUAAUCCACUGUUGUUGGAGAACCUGAUCUCAAAAUGAAUGUUGCAGAGGAAAGGGAGGGAAAGAAAGUAGACUGGCUUUUGUAAUAUUUUGUUGAGAUUUUUCUUUUAAAUCUUGACCAUUCUGUUUAUUUCCUGUCUCUGAGUUGUGGUCCACCAAGUAAGGGAAAAAAAGACCUGUAUCUUUAUUUUUCUUUUUGAGACAGUCUCACUCUGUCACCCUGAGUAUCGUGGCAUCAUAGCUCACAGCAGCCUCAAACUCUGGGCUCAAGCAAUCCCCUUGCCUCAGCCACCAGAGUGGCUGGGACUACAGGUGCCUGUCACUACACUUGGCUAAUUACUCUAUUUUAGUAGAAACAGGAUCUCUUGCUCAGGCUGGUCUUGAACUCCUGAGCUGAAGAGAUCCACCCACCUCAGCCUCCCAGCGUGUUAGGAUCACAGGUGUAAACCACCACACCUGGCUAAAAGACCUCUAUCUUGAAAGUUCCUUGAAGAAUCAGUUUUUUUCACUGAGGGUAGCAUUUGAGUUAGUUGCAAAAUUGGUGUGAAGUAUUUUAAAAUUCAAUAUUAACAAUAAAUAGAUAACUACUUGAUUUCCUGGUAGCACUUUAAAACUUCACAUGGAAGUAUAUCUUGGUAUACCGAAUUCAUCUAUGACAUAGUCGCAUCCAAAAAUGCAGUCUGUUAGAAUUCACAGAAUUAGCAAAUACAGCCUAAUCCCUUUUAGGCAUCAGGAAUGUUUUGCAAAGGAAUAUCAAAGCUUAGCUGGUUACUUGCACAGAAUUGGUUGUGUCUCAGUCCAAGAAAAAUGGAAGUAUUGUGUAAGCAGUAUGUACUUUUUGGCUCAGUUUUAAAAAAUAAGUACAUUAUCGUCUUCCAACUUUCAUAUGCCUUAAUGAAUAAAUCUGAAUGUUUUAAA